AUGAAAUUGUUAUUUUAUUUAUUGAUCAUUAUUCAAUGUAUCUAUGCAUUACAUAAUAAUCAACAUAAAGAAAAAUUUACCAAGAAUAUUAAUUAUCUAUUACAAUCUAAUAAUAAAAAGAUAUUAAAAAACCAAAAUAAUCCUUAUCAAAAAAUUAAUCAUAAUUCUGAAAGAUUAAAAAGAAAUUUCUUAAUUGAUAUUCAUUCACAUAAUACAUUGUGCCAAUCUGAUUCACAAUCAUUUCAUUGUACUCCACCAUUUAAAGAUAUAUCACGUGGUGUAUCUGUUUAUGCAACUUCUACAUGUGGAGAACAACGACCACAACAUUUAUGUCGAUCGAAUACAAAUUGUCAAUUAUGUAGUAUUAAUUCUACUGAAUGGAAAUUUUCAUCAGAAUACUUAACUGAUCGUCAUGAUAUUGAAAAUCAAACAUGUUGGGCAUCAGGAUAUAUUCGACCAGGUGAAGUUGUUAAUCUUACUAUAUCUUUGGGAAAACGUUUUGAAGUAUACUAUAUAUCUUUACAACCAUGUAGUUUAGGUAGUAUACCAGAUUCAAUAGCAAUCUAUAAAUCAUCUGAUUUCGGUCGUACAUGGCGUCCUUGGCAUUAUUUUUCAACUGAUUGUUAUCGAGCUUUUGGAUUGCCUACCUCAAAUGAACAUAAUAGUCAUAUAACAUCUGCUAAUUUACAAGAGGUAUUAUGUGUUGCUUUACAACCACGUGAAAGUUAUUACAAUUAUCAAGGUAGAAGAAUUCGUUCAAUGAACAGUUAUAUUUUCAAUAAACCAAAUAUUACUAGAAAUUUCGGAGGUAUAGGUGUACCUUCAGAUUGGGUUAUUGCAUUUAGCACAACACUUGGUCGACCAGCAACACGUCCAUGGAGUCCAGCAUUGAUUGAUUGGAUGACUAUGACUGAUGUUCGUAUAAGCUUAAUGAGUUUUCAUCAGUCUAACGAACCAGAAUAUCGUAUUAAAAGAAAUGCAUAUCGAAGUCAUCUAUCUGAUCACUCUAAAUUAACACAGAAUUCACAAACUAUAAACAAACUACCCCUAUUUCAAUCAAAUUACUUUUAUGAUAAUUUUAAUAAAUAUCAAUUAAAACGAACACGAAAUUCAAGAGAUGGUCAAACCACUACGGAAUUACCUCAUAAAGAAAUCAAUCAUACUAAUAAGAUAGAUAGCCAAACUGAUUUGAACAUGAAUGCAAGAAAAUCUGUAAAUGUAACUAUAAACCCUGAGAUUUUAACUGAAAUGGACUUUUAUGCAUUUGCUGAUAUAGCAAUUGGUGGACGUUGUAAAUGUAAUGGACAUGCAAGUGAAUGCAUAUUGGGAUCAAAUGGUAAGCUAAUUUGUGCAUGUGAACAUCAUACAUCUGGUGAAGAUUGUGAAUAUUGUAAACCUGGUUAUAUGGAUAGACCAUGGGACAGAGCUACAACUCAAGAUGCAAAUGUCUGUAAAAAAUGUGAUUGUAACCUUCAUUCAAAUGAAUGCCGAUUUUCAAAUUCACUUUAUUUAUUAUCGAAUCGUGUAAGUGGUGGUGUUUGUGAAAAUUGUCAACAUAAUACAAUUGGUCGUAAUUGUCAUCAAUGUGCUGAAGGUUAUUAUCGAGAUUGGACCAAACCAAUCAGUCAUGAAAAUGUUUGUUUACCUUGUCGAUGUCAUCCAAUUGGAUCUAUUGUCCGUCAUGAUUGUGACAGAAGAAGUGGACAGUGUCGAUGUAAACAAGGUGUAGCUGGUUUAACCUGUGAUCGUUGUCAAGAUGGCUAUCAUCAAACGCGUUCUCCACUUAAUCCUUGUACGAAAGAUUUCACAUCUCGAGCAGUAGCUUUGGCUCAUACACCAGGUGAUAUAAACUGUCCACCAUGUAGUACAAAUAAAGAAAGAAUUAAACUGAAAAAAUUCUGUCGUAAAGAUGCAGUUUUUGAAGCUUCAUUCAAAUCACGUGAACUUCAUGGAAAUAUGGCUCGUUUUGAAAUGCAUAUUACACAAAUUUGGAGAAUUAAUAAAGAAUUUUUUAAAGGAAGUUCAAGUAUUUACUGGCCUGCAUCUAAAUCUUUUAUUGAAUUUGAACAAUAUAAUCAAGAUGAACAUGAAGAAGAGAUGAAAAGAAAAUCAAAUGAAUUAGUUCCUGUAUGGGUUCGUCUAAAUGAAUUAAAAUGUAAAUGUCCAUAUAUUGAAUUAGGUGUUUCAUAUCUGAUAGUAACAGAUUUUGAAAGUUUCACAAAUAAAAUAAGAAAUGAAUUAUUAUUUUCAACAAAAACUGCAAUUUUACCAUGGCGUACAAGUUGGAAACGUAGAUUAAUACGAUUUCGUAGAAGAGAAAAUCGUGGAGCAUGUGAAAAAUUUCGUGAACCAACAAAACUUCUUAGUGUAUUUCGUCCUAAACAAACACUUGAAAUACCAACAAUUCAUCGUGAAUGGCAUUCAUCAAUUAAUGCUCAAAUUCCUUCAUCUAUUCAUCAAAAACCAUCAUAUUCUUUAUCUUUACGACCUUAUUCUAAAUAUAGACGUGAUUAUAAAGUGUCAUAAAAAAAAACAAUUUACAUUACAGUUAUUCAUUUCAAUUAUAAAUUUUGUAUAAAACAUGUUCUUUUAUUUCUGUGUAAAUUUAAAAAAAAAAUAAUUAAUAAUAUCUAUUGCAUGAAAUUUUGUGUAUAACAAUAUAUUACACUUAUUUUACAUUUAUUCUAUUGCAUCAAUAUAGAUACAUUGACAAAUGAACUCUUUGAAUAGAUUUGAUCUUAAUGUAAAUCAAAAUUAAUAGAAAAGCUAGAUGAUGAUGAUGAUGGUGAUGAGGAUUCGCCUUAAUUAUAUGACAUUACAUAAUCCUUAUUAUAAUAAUCUACAAUAUAAAUGCACAACAAUUAAUUAAGAUCUAUUCAUAAUGUGUAUAAAGUAUGAAUUAGUUAAUUAAAAUAGUUAAUAAUCUGAAUUAAAUAAUUAAUUCAUUAGAAAUGGAUUAUUUAUAUCAUGAAAUAUCAUAAGUAUUUCAAGAGAAUAAAAGAAAACAAAAACUGAAGAAAAUCAAGAAAGAAGAAAAACGUUUAUUGAUAAAAUUUCAUUCAAUCAAAUAUGAUCGAUUUUUUUCUUUUUUUUUAUUGAUUUUCAACUGAUGAGUAUAAAACUACAUUAAGUUUAAUGAAAGAGUUAUCUUUAAAGUUAACUUUAAGAAACAAUGUAGAAAAUAUUAUUAUUAUUAUUAUUAUUGUAUUUCAAGUUUACUACACAAAAAUCAUUUUAUCUAUUUAUUACAUAACGUUUCAUUAUUGUUUCUAUUUUAUUAAGUUGUAUUCAUUGUUAUAUGAGUAAGUUUGCAUAAAAUAAACAAUAGUGUUGCAUUUGGAUAUUCUCUUAAUAAUAAUAAUAACAAUAAUAAUAGUAAUAGUAUUAACUAUAUAUAUAUAUAUAUUUCUGUUGGUGCAGUAAAUAAAAUGGUAGACACUUAUUUGAGAUGCUUUUCAUUUAGAUCUCCAAUGCAUUUUACAAUAUUAACUAAUAAGUGACAUACUAUUAUAUAAUCUGUUUACCACUUUCUUGUAAACAAUAAAUUUAUUAUAAAU